AUGCAUCUGUCGGCAUCGACGAGUCUGAUAACUGAAAAUAAUCUGAACAGUGACAUGCUCUUCAAGCUAUCUGUAACCUGGUAUUUUAUUUCAAUUGUGACAGUCAGCGGACAAAGUAAAAAAGAAACUUUGGAAAGUUUCAAAUGGCCGCGAUGGGAAGAACGAACGAUAGAUUGUACAACGACAGAAAGAAGGGAACUAACUCAAUGCACGUUGAUCGCACGAAAUGCCAAAAUACCUCGAGAUCCUGCUAAAUACAAGUGCCGCCGUGAACCGAUGCCCGUGGAUAGCGGGAAUAUACUAACACGAAAUUUCACAACAAGAUUGGCAUGUCCUAUUGGUUGUGAACCCGACGCCAGGCUUUCUGUUUUGGUCAAAUCACCUCAGAAUAAUCCUUUAUGUCAAAAAUACUAUACAUAUGGAAAGUAUCGAGAUCAGAAAGAAGGCGAUUGGUAUCUUUGGUUAACGGAACCAUGUCGAGCAAAUUUAACAACAUGGUGCCGUUUUAAGGAUAUUCCACUUUUCAUUCCCAAAGUUAGAAAUUAG